AGAGGCAGUGCGUCGGUUAUAUAUUCAGGAAAGCGGUUUGGUGCGGGAAAGCUCUGGCUGUGUAAACAGGAUAAAAGUUUUUUUUUGCUGGUGCUCAAAACAAACGCAUGUUUUCCUCGUUGUCCUGUUUGGCAUGCAUUUGUAAGCGCUGGUGUGUUGAAUUUCAAUCGUCUACUUUCUGUUUGUCCAGGAGGAGCCGAGGUUAGGAUCGACUCCUUUAGCCAUGCUAGCUGCAACAUGCAACAAAAUUGGGAGUCCGAGCCCCUCACCGUCCACUAUUUCGGAUAAUUCCUCGUCUUUUGGAAAAGGCUUCCACCCUUGGAAAAGAGCAGCCGCAGCGAGCAGCUGCAGCCUCGGAUCCGGCCUGUCCGGUUUCGGGGUGUCCCGUAAUGGAUCCGGCAUCUCGGACUCUUUCGGCACCAACAGCUCCAAUGGAUCCAGCGCCUUUUCUCUCACGUCCGGUGCCUCGUCUAGUCCACACUUUGGAAACGACUACUCUGUUUUCCAGGCGUCGGUCUCGAGCAGCUCUCAGGAGUCCAGCCAUCAGCCGGUAUUCAUCUCGAAGGUGCACACCUCAGUGGACAGUCUUCAGGGCAUCUAUCCGAGGAUGAGCGUGGCGCACCCAUACGAGUCCUGGUUCAAAUCGUCUCAUCCCGGGAUCCCCACAGGAGAGGUCGGAACCACCGGAGCGUCCGCAUGGUGGGACGUGGGGGCGGGAUGGAUUGACGUUCAGAACCCUAACGGAUCAGCACUACAGACGUCCUUACACUCCGGUGGGCUGCAGACCUCCCUGCACUCUCCUCUGGGCGGAUAUAAUUCUGAUUACUCCAGUUUAAGUCACUCUGCUUUCAGCACGAGCCCCUCUCCUCACCUGUUGACAACCGGCCAGCAUCUGAUGGACGGUUUCAAACCGGUGUUAUCUUCUUAUCCGGACACGAGCCCCUCUCCGUUAGCCGGGGCAGGGGGGACUAUGCUCUCCGGGGCUCCACCUGCGUCUUUAGCGGGGUCUCCGAGGUCAUCUGCCCGCCGGUACUCAGGCAGAGCAACGUGCGACUGUCCGAACUGCCAGGAGGCGGAGAGACUGGGACCGGCGGGGGCGAGCCUCAGACGGAAAGGUCUCCACAGCUGUCAUAUCCCCGGCUGUGGGAAAGUUUACGGUAAAACGUCACACCUCAAGGCGCAUUUGAGAUGGCACACCGGUGAGAGACCGUUUGUUUGCAACUGGCUCUUUUGCGGGAAGAGAUUCACGCGCUCCGACGAGCUCCAGCGACACUUACGCACGCACACCGGAGAGAAAAGGUUCGCAUGUCCGGUGUGCAACAAGAGAUUUAUGCGGAGCGAUCACCUGAGUAAACACGUAAAGACUCAUAGUGCCGGGGGGUCCGCCGGCUCUGGCUCCGGGGGCAGCGGAGGAAAGAGAGGGAGUGAUACCGACAGCGAGCACAGCGCACCUGGGAGCCCUCCGUGCCAUUCCCCCGACCUGUUGCACCCACCUGAGUCAACCCAGGGAGUGGGCAUGAACGGCCUCUAAAAAACAAAACAAAAAACUAUACAACAACAACAACAACAGAGUGUCGCAAUGUCCGAGCGGACAUGAAAGUGGACAUACUUCAGUGUAUGCAAAGUGUUGUUACUCAACGAGAAAUAGGCCUAUUUCUUUGACCAUUCCCAUGUGUUUCAGACUAUUUACAGAUUUCUUAGCGGUACCAUCACAAUCUUCUCAUUAAUACAUCUGGAAGUGUAAUCAAGUUUUUUUGUACACACUGGGGCAGGGCACAACUUUUUAUUUUGCAGUCUGAUUUUGAAAACUUCCUUGAUGUUUUAUUUGCUAAAAGUGCAAAAACGGCUGUGAAAAAAAAAAAUAUGUAGGCCUGCAAUGUGAGUUGUGCUGUCAUACAUGUUGUUCAAAACCAAACUGUGGCACUUUAUUAUCGAGCAGGAGAUGUUGUUCAUUUAGACGGGCUGCUCGGUAAGAACAAAAUACCUGUAGAGUUGGUACGAUAAGGGCUGGGAUAGGUUCGUUAUAUCCGUCUGCUCAUCAGCUGUAGGGUUAAUUCACGUAAUAAUACUCACUCUACAGCAUACAGUUUGUGCGCAGUCUGUAAGUUAACCAGCUGAGGUUACUUUGCAGCGAAAAUGUGUUGUAAAUACUGAGAAAUGUAGGUUAGAAUAAUUACAGCCCCAUGUAAAGGUGAGUAAUGUAUUUGUCCAGGAGACGAUGAUUUUGUAUAGGUAUUUCUAGCUGUAUAUGGACUCUAGUAAAUAUUUGAAAUAUACGAUGAAAUGUACUUUGAUUUUUCUUUGACAUGAUAUGAAAUGUAUUGUGGGGAGUUCUAUUUAACCAACAGUUUUCUUGUAUUUAGGGGUCUAUCAUUAGGCGCACUUUGAAUUUAUUUGUAAAAGGUUUUGGAAAUCAUUUACUGUUUACCCACUCGUUUUAAUUUAAGCAAGCAUGUUGUAAAGUGAUUUUAAUUUUACAAUGAUAUUUUUGUUUUUCUCCUCCGAGAAUGGCUUUUUCUGUGAGCCACUCAAUAAAGUCAGUAUGAAUUCAGA